AUGUCCCCAGAAUAUGCGAUGAAUGGGACAUUCUCGAUGAAGUCAGAUGUGUUCAGCUUUGGGGUCUUGCUUCUUGAAAUUAUAAGUGGCAAGAGGAAUAAAGGCUUCUGCGACUCGGAUAGUAAUCUUAAUCUUCUCGGACACGUGUGGAGAAAAUGGGAACAAGGUCGAGGUCUAGAGAUAGUAGACGUCAUAGAUACGACAUCACGGCCACGUGAAAUCUUAAGAUGCAUACAAAUCGGUCUAUGGUGUGUUCAAGAACUUGUAGAGGAUAGACCAGUGAUGUCGUCAGUAGUUUUGACGCUCGGAAGUGAACAAGUAUUGAUUCCUCAACCUAAACAGCCAGGUUACUGUCUCGGCAGCGGAAGUUCUCUUGAUGAUACCAAACAUCGUGACGACGAAGCUGGCACAUUCAAUCAAAUCACCAAGUCGAUCAUUGACGCUAGAUGA